GUGCACUGGGUACAACAAACCGAUUUAAUGGGCUCUUCAAAGUUAGCGUGUGAAAUGUCAUUAUUGACAAUUAUUCAUUUCUUGCAUUUCUUACAUAAACCGAGCAAAUCAAAAAACAUAAAUUUGUGCAAAAGAUUGUUGUGUACAAUGAUGCGUUCAGCGAUUGCUCCUGUCGUUCUAAAUGGUUGGAAAUCGGUAGUUCCCAAAUGGACGGCAGUAGACACGGUAAAUAUGAAUCAAAUUCGAGAGAAGGGCACUCUCCCUGUGGUAGAGAAGGAUAAACCGGAAAAGUUGCCAUAUUCCCCUUUUGGUACUAAACAAUCCAACUGGGCUGAUUGGACUGUGGCUCGUCUAGAUGACGUGUUGAACUGGGGCCGUAAGGGCUCUAUUUGGCCUUUAACUUUCGGAUUGGCUUGUUGCGCCGUUGAGAUGAUGCACAUUGCUGCCCCUCGUUACGACAUGGAUCGCUUUGGAGUAGUAUUUCGUGCUUCACCAAGACAAGCGGAUGUGAUCAUUGUAGCAGGUACUCUAACCAAUAAGAUGGCCCCAGCUUUGCGAAAGGUCUACGACCAAAUGCCUGAACCUAGAUGGGUAAUUUCGAUGGGCAGUUGUGCCAACGGCGGAGGGUACUACCAUUACUCAUACUCUGUGGUUAGAGGUUGUGAUCGAAUCAUCCCCGUGGAUAUCUACGUUCCUGGCUGCCCACCUACUGCGGAAGCUUUGCUGUAUGGAAUACUUCAACUGCAAAAAAAGGUCAAGAGAAUGAAGACUCUACAGAUGUGGUACAGAAAGUAAAGCAUAUACCAAUUCAUAGUUAUUUCAAGCGUAUUUUGCACUGUAAACGCAAUAAAUGUGUGUAAAUAAAAUGCAUUGCGUAAA